CCUGUUAGAACCAUAGCCAGACAGUGCAUGCUCAAAAUCACUACUAAACCACCUAAGAAAAUCCAAACAAUACGUUAAUUACUCUGUUAAUCAUAAGAGAAUUCCUCACCAACACAAAGAAAACAAAAUCCCAAUUAUCCUAUAGCCGUACGUAGCCUAUUGGAGAAAAUUACCGGGAGAUUGUGAAAGAACAGGGGAAAAGACGCGAAAGAGAGCGCGCAAAAACAAAAGAUACCAUGGAUGGAAGCUUCGGCAGUUGCAGGGUCUCUGUACUCACAAGAAGCCCACCACCCAAUACUCUGCUUCACUCUCUUUGAGUCUCUGUCCUCUGUAAGCGCACAAUUCGCAAAACUAGUGUGCUUCUCCUUGUCAUCCUCCUUCAAUUCCUCGCCCCUCACUACAGUUUGCUUUCUUCCCACUUUUCCUUUUUGCCCCUUCCUUCACACUCUUAGAUCUUCAACUGGAUUUCCACACUCUAUUUCUCUGGGCUUAAAAAAAAGAAAGCUCAAAUAGAAAAAGAAUAAUUGCAGUCUGCUGCUUGCCAUAAGUACACCUAUUUAGGACCACUGCCGGUACAAGGUGAAAGUGCUUAUCUUGUAGCUGAACAAAACCGGAUUGGAUUCGGAUAUUCCUGCUGGAACACCUCAUAGAUCAAGGGGGAGAAAGCUUUGGUUUACUUUGAGAACAAAGGUUUCAGCUUUUGGAGAUUUGAAUUCUCUUGUGACCGUAGAGAUUCAAGAGUUGUUGUUUUUAAGGAGAAUUGGGGAUCUGGGUUCUGGUGAUUCGCAGAGCAUAAACAAUGGGUGGUUCCGAUGAGAGAGUUGUGGCUGUAAUCAUGGUGGGUGGACCCACGAAAGGAACACGAUUCAGGCCAUUGUCAUUGAAUAUCCCUAAGCCUCUUUUCCCCUUAGCAGGACAACCAAUGGUUCACCAUCCAAUUUCUGCUUGUAAAAGGAUUCCAAACUUGGCUCAGAUCUAUCUCGUCGGUUUUUAUGAAGAGCGUGAAUUCGCAUUGUAUGUUUCUGCCAUCUCUAAUGAACUUAGAGUGCCUGUCAGAUAUCUGAGAGAGGACAAACCUCAUGGUUCAGCUGGUGGGCUUUAUAACUUCAGAGAUCUGAUCAUGGAGGAUAAUCCGGCCCAUAUAUUUUUGCUGAAUUGUGAUGUAUGCUGCAGUUUUCCUCUCCCUGAAAUGCUUGAGGCACAUAAAAGAUAUGGUGGGAUCGGUACUCUUCUCGUAAUUAAGGUUUCGGUUGAGUCAGCCAGUCAGUUUGGAGAAUUGGUAGCUGAUCCAGUCACCAAAGAACUGCUGCAUUACACAGAGAAACCUGAGACUUUUGUGAGUGACUUGAUAAACUGUGGUGUCUAUGUGUUUACUCCGGAAAUAUUUACCGCCAUCCAAGGAGUUUCUUCCCAACUGAAAGAUAGGGCUAAUCUUAGACGUAUGUCAAGCUUCGAAGCUCUUCAGUCAGCUACCAGGAGUUUCCCUUCACAUUUUGUGAGGUUGGAUCAAGACAUUCUGUCACCCCUUGCAGGGAAAAAGCAAUUAUACACCUAUGAAACCAGAGACUUUUGGGAACAAAUAAAAACUCCAGGAAUGUCUUUGAAAUGCUCUGCUUUGUAUCUUGCUCAAUUUCGGUUCACUUCUCCACAUCUAUUGGCUAGUGGUGAUGGUUCAAAGGGUGCCACUAUUGUUGGUGAUGUUUACAUUCAUCCGUCGGCCAAAGUUCAUCCAACCGCUAAGAUUGGUCCGAAUGUGUCGAUAUCAGCCAAUGCUCGUAUAGGACCAGGUGCAAGGCUUAUCAGUUGCAUUAUCCUCGACGAUGUUGAAGUCAUGGAAAACGGAGUUGUCAUCAACUCCAUUGUUGGGUGGAAGUCCUCCAUUGGCAAAUGGUCUCGAGUCCAGGCUGAAGGUGCUUACAAUGCAAAACUUGGUAUCACGAUUCUCGGUGAAGCUGUAACAGUGGAAGAUGAAGUGGUGGUGGUGAACAGCAUUGUACUGCCACACAAGACUCUCAAUGUUAGUGUUCAGGAAGAGAUCAUCUUAUAGGGAGGGAUGCCAUUGCUCCUGUAUUCUGUACUCUAUAAACAACUGUUUAUCCUCUUGUUGUCGAGAAAGUUUUGAACAAAACCUCAGUCACAGCCUCAUCUGUAAAAUUCGUAAUUGUUAUGAGUUACCAGAAGAAACUAAAGAGAGACUAAAUUCCAUUUUGCCCCAUU